CUGCUUCCUGUUCUCCACUCCUCGCGGCGGGAAGUUUAGGUGGCUCGAGAAACACCGGCACAGACAGGCAGGCAGGCAUCAGUUUUCCGGCCGGCUUGCGUCGCAUGCUGCGAACAGCUAUAGCAGCAGCGUCAGCGUCAGCUCAGUUCAUCUUCGUCUCGCAUCCGUCGCUAAUACACAUCGCGUCCUUCACCAUGUUACGCCACACCGCCAUUCCGGCAUCAUCUCUCACCCUAGCUCUCGGCCAAUCAACUCCGCUUCCCCCCUCCUCCGCCGCACUUCACGGCGUCGCCAUGCCACUGGCAUCGUCCCCUGCAUCUAAAACAUUAAUGGGCGUAGCCGCCCAUGCAUGCAGUAGCCCUUCCUCCGGUGCAUUCGCUACGCCAAUUGGACGUCACAUUGCGAGUCUAACCGCCACUCCUUCCGUCUCUUUCGCCGCGUUCCCCGCCGCGUUUCCCGGCAGCGGAUCGCGCCGUCUGCUACUCACCUGCUCGGCGCGCGGGCGGAAAAGCGGCGCAAAUGAAGUUUCCGCCGAACCAGUUGCUCCUUCCGCGGAUGCGGAAGCUGGUUCCGCCAACGGUAGUGCGCACGGGGAGAAAUUAGCAGUGAACAAGUCCGCGGAGGAUGCGGGGAAAAAGGCCGAGGAGGCGGGGAAGAAGGCGCAGAAGCGGGGGAAGGAGCUGGAGAAGCGGCUGCGGCGGCUGCGGGAAGUGAUGGCGGAGGUGGAUGGGGGGAAGGGCGUGGACGCGCUCAUCAUCCCGUCCGAAGACCCACACCAGAGCGAGUACAUGGCCCCAUGCUUCGAGCGCCGGGCGUUCAUCUCCGGCUUCACGGGGUCAGCAGGCACAGCGGUGGUCACCAGGGAGCGCGCGCUGCUGUGGACGGACGGCCGCUACUUCCUGCAGGCGGAGCAGCAGCUGCCGCCUGGGUGGGAGCUCAUGCGCGCCGGCAUGCCGGGAGUGCCGUCCGUGGCAGAGUGGCUGGCGGACGCACUGCCGGAGGGCAGCCGAGUGGGGGUUGACCCGUUUGUGCACUCAGCGGAAAACGUGAGGUGCCUUGCUGAAACGCUGGCAGGCUCGUCGUCAGUGGUGGUGCCUCUGCUGCGGGAGACGAACCCCAUUGACGUCGUGUGGGGGGCAGAGCGCCCCCCGCCCCCUUCCGCGCCUAUGAGGGUGCAUCCCAUAGUGUACGCGGGGCAGACCGUGAAGGCGAAGCUGCAGCAGCUGCGGGGCGAGAUGAGGGACGCUGGGGUCACGUCGCUGCUGGUGUCGGCUCUUGACGAAGUGGCGUGGCUGCUCAACGUGAGGGGAGCGGACGUGCCGCACUGUCCGGUGACGGUGGCGUAUGCAGUGGUGGAGAUGGAGGCAGCGUACGUCUUUGUGGAUGCGAGCAAGGUGGCUGCUCCUGAGGUAGCUGAGCACGUGGCAGCAGCAGGCAUCACUGUGAAGCCCUACGCUGACCUCGUGCCCUUCCUCCAGAGGUCUGCUAUGGGCGGAGCUCGUCUGUGGCUCGACCCGUCCUCAGCCUCCUCUGCUGUCCUCUGCUCCGUCGAAGCCGCCUGCGCUCAAUUCUAUGAGCAGCGGGUGUCCGGGAAGGGGGGCUUUGGGGGAGCGCCAGGAGGGAAGAAAGGGAAGAAGGGGGAGAAGAAGAGCAAGGAGGGUAAGGGAGGGAAGGGGCGGGAGGAGCGAGGAGGAGGGGAAGAGGAAGGGGCUGGAGGAGAGGGUGUUGUGGCUGUGGAGGGGCCGGCUGUGCUGAGUCGCACCACCCCGGUUUCUCUGGCCAAGGCUCUGAAGAACGAAUGUGAGAUCGAGGGCAUGAAGAACGCCCACAUCAGGGAUGCAGCAGCAAUGGCGUGUUUCUGGGAGUGGGCGGAGCGGGUGGUGGUGGGGGAGGGGAGGGCAGUGACGGAGGUGGAGCUUGGGGAGAAGCUGGAGGCGUUCAGAGCGCAGCAGGAGGGGUUUCUUGAUACCAGCUUCGACACCAUUGCAGGUUCGGGCAAGAACGGGGCGAUCAUUCACUACCGAGCCGAGGAGGGCAGCUGCGCUGUGGUGGAUCCUUCCAGGAUGCUUCUGCUGGACAGCGGUGCGCAGUACGUGGACGGCACAACUGACAUCACUCGCACUGUUCACUUUGGGACUCCCUCGGACUACGAGAAAGAAUGCUACACGCGAGUGCUACAGGGCCAUAUUGCGCUGGACAGAGCUGUUUUCCCUGUAGGCACGCCAGGCUUCGUCCUGGACAUCCUAGCCAGAGGGCCCCUCUGGUCCAUGGGUCUGGACUACCGGCACGGCACGGGGCACGGGGUGGGCGCGGCGCUGAAUGUGCACGAGGGGCCGCAGAGCAUCAGCCCACGGUUCGGCAACGCCACGCCUCUGCAGGCCGGCAUGGUGCUGAGCAACGAGCCUGGCUUUUACCAUGACAACCAGUUUGGGAUCCGGAUCGAGAACCUUCUCGUGGUGAGGGAGCAGGAGACACCGUACAGAUUUGGAGGCACAACGUAUCUGGGAUUCGAGUACUUGACUCUAUUCCCCAUCCAGACGAAGUUGAUAGCUGUGGAGCUGCUGAGCGAGAAUGAGGUCACGUGGAUCAACGAGUAUCACCAGCGAGUGUGGGAUACUGUCUCUCCGCUGCUGUCAGGCACGCCCCUGCAGUGGCUGCAGUGCAACACUCAGCCCAUCUCCAAGGACCAAGCCUCACAAGCAGCGGCCACAGCCAAGGCAGCUGCCGCUAGCUAGUCUUCCUUGUAAGCCAGCGGAUGGUGCUGCAGCUAAGAUGCAAGGUACAUGCGCACAUUGACGAAACACAUCUUAGAGUAGAACGAAUGACUAGAAUGAGGUGGUACAAGGGGAUAUAACCUCAGGGGUUGUACUCUAUAUGAGCAUGCACCUAGCUAGCCUAUAACAUAUACAAAUUAUAUGUUGACACACCCCAUAGGCUAGACAAGGGGUAGCGACUAGCAAGAGACACACAGCUUAGGGUGGCACUGCAAGUCCAACAUCUUAGGGUCCGAAGUCCAGUCAGCAAGAGUACAAGCAGGCCCCCAAAUUGGUUUUGGGCUUGUCUGAUUCAUCAGACUUGCCUGUAUCAGAAACUGAGAA